GUAAAAUCAAUAAUGGCCGCGCGCGUCCUACUACUACGUCACAGUAAAAAGCGACCAAAGCCCCACACCGAAAAACGGGUGGCGGGCGGGGGGUAGUAGUAGUGGGCGUUAUAUAGAUUGAAAGCAAAGUUCAUCGUUCGCUUCUUAUACUACAUUUUCGUUUUGAUGAAAUUGAAAAAUAGAUUUUUGUUAAAUUAUUUUCUCCCACCCUUAAAUGGAUAGAUAAUCACGACCGCCAUUUUGUGUUUUUAAACAUUUUUAUUGACCAUCGAUUAGCGUGCAUACAACUCUCUCCUUAUUGAUGGAGGGGUGGUGGCUUUUGCUAUUCUAUCCCCCUGAUUUUAUUACAGACGACAAAACGAUUUCAACUUAUUUUCGGGUGAGGUGGUACACCUCGGGGCUGUUAAGAGGGGGGGGGGGAGACUUUUUUGAGAAAUGUGUGUGGACCUUUAUAUUUUAUGAGUUUUACCUGAGCCCCGUUUCGAAAUAACCCCCCUCGGUCAUCCGGCCCGUUUUUCUUCAUUCCUCUUCUUCCCUUCUUCUUUCUUACCACACUAUAUUCUAACCUUCUUCUUCUUCUUUCGUUUCUUUUUUCGGUCGUAACCGAUGAUCACCAGCCCGAGCGGCCCGCGGCAGCUUUUUCCCUGUGUGUAUGUGUGCCCCCGACCAUUUCCAAUGGGGGGGAGUAGUAGGGAGGGGACCGAGUUAACGUGACCGUGUCCAGUCAACCGUUCAUAACUGCAUUUCUUUUUUCUCUCUUAAAAAGAAAUGUCAAGAAGAUUGUAAUCUUUGAAAUGCGGGGGGAGAUAUCUAUAGUAUACUACAUUUAUAUGCGAAUAGAUUUUGAGAUGAUCAUCACUGGGAGUUCAGAAACUACAUAACUCACGUCGGCCAUUGCCCACCACCAUCGGUCGGGAAUGAUUCCGAGAGAGACACAGAGAGUCAAAAAGAGCUGCCAGUUAUUUGUGCUAUUGCAACAUUAUUCACCUUGAGUUUUAUGUGUGACCAGUAACUACACACACACACACAUACAUUCGACGGGUAUAUAUGUGCUGAGAGCGAGGUUUAGAACACGCCCGAGGUUCUUUUUUCAUGCUCAUUUUCUCUCUUCUUCUUCUUCUUCUUCUUCUACUUCUACUUCUUCUUUGCUAGUCCUCUAACACAAACGCCGCCCUCCUCCCCCCCCCCCCCCUCUUUCCUUCGCCAUCACGACGGACGAGUGUGUACACGAUAGCCAAGGUCGUGCCAGAGUCACUCACUAGCUUUUCCACCCAGCCCCAGUGUGUGUAGAAAAGUCUAUAUAUGCGGAUGGCGUUAGUGUUUUGUUUUUCUAGCCUUCUUCUUCUUCCCUUCGCUAACCCCCGGACGCUAAUAUUAUUUUAUCACCGCCAUUAAAAGAAAGAAAAGGGCCCCCAAAAAAAGGGAAAAACAUUAAAAAACCGUCUGUAAUGUUCCGUCCGAGGCCAUUUAGAUUUCAAACGGCGAAAUCUAUCAAAAAAUAUGGUUUAGAAAAAUCUACAUUUUCGACUAGCUGGUUGGUGGGUUGGAGCUGAGCAGCAACCCCAGCCACCACCAAACCAAAGAAUAUUUAUCUCGGCCAAAGUAUCUUGAGAAAAACCCUCAUUUCUUCUUCUUCUUUUUGCGUAUGGUGGCCAGAGAAAGAGAGAGAGACGUACAACAUAAACCCGUCAGUGAAAAACCAGUCUGACGCGCCGAGAGCUCGGGCCAGCUAGUGGGCGGAGCCAAGUUGUUUGAUGCCAAGUGCAAAGGAGAGCCGAGAGAAAGUUGCGUUGUACUUUCAGUAGAUGAACUGAGAGCUCAGCUGCUCAUGGUUUGUGUGUGUGUCUGCGUGUGUGUUGUGUGUGUGUAUCGUUAAUAUUGAAGAGAACGACGACCAGCUAUAUAGCCAGCCCUCUAUCGAUAUAGUGGUCCCCCCCCGAUUUUUCAUCCAUUGUUUGGUGUUGACAUGUUGGCUAGUCUGCAUCACCUUGCGUCAAACAGCAGGAACACCGUAGUGACUUGAGAGUGGGCAAAAAAAGAUUUCUUUUCGAGCAGCCAUACACGCAGUACACACCAAAAUGAUGAACGAUUGCAGCCAUCAGACAGAUCGCGCCUCGGCUUCAAGAGCUUUGUGGUCAAAAGUCUGAAACUCGAGCGCCACUGUGAUUCUUUCUCGAACCCCCAUCUUGGAUACACAUCUAUAUAUUUCUUUUUUUGUUGUUGAAAUCUGUGAGUUACCCCUCGUUCACACACAAAAACGGCAGUUUCGUUUACUGAAACCAAAGAUUGGAUAUCAUGGCUGCCCAGGAGGCCCUUCAUGGACUCCACAACACUCCUUACGUGAAGAAUGAACCAAUGGGCAACAAUGGGUAUGACUACAACUAUGCCAUCAAUGAUGGCACCUACGCCAAUCAUCACUACAAUCCAUACAUGCACUAUGGAGAGCCUCAACACACUUACGAUCAUCUAGCUUCUCACCACCAUCAUCACUAUGGGCCACCUCAUCAGAACGGUCCUGGCUCAGAGAACCACCACCAUCCUGUUCACUACCCACAGGCCCAGCCACAGAUCCCGAACCCCCACAUGAAUCAACACCACCAUCCACAUCACUAUGGGCACGGGAUGGAUGGAGGAAUGAGCCUUAACCCUCCAUCCCACUACAGCAUGAUGCCAUCGAACACAGGUGGCCCAGUGUACAAAGAUGAGAACACAGAAGAUCCGUACAGUUUUGUUGAUGAAGAAACAGGGGCAAACAGAAGUGCAGUUGCACCUGCCGCUGUCGAGUCAAUCAAAACUGAGCCCACCACGGGUCCAGCACCUAAAAAGCGUGGACGAAAGAAGAAAAUCCUACCCGAACCAGUCCCAAGUCCUUUCUCUUUUGCGCAUAGGGACGUUGAGCCACUGCCACUGCCGCCAAUGACAAUGGACAGCAUUCUCCCGGUCGGAGCUGACGCCGCCGACGGCCAGCCAGGCAAACGGAAGUACACCAAAUCUGAGCAUUACAAACAGAGGCGAAGACAUGACCGAUUCAACGGCAUGACUGAGGAGGAAGUUCGGUCUAGAACACUCCCAGAUCAUCUGGCCUCAAACUUGGACGUCGUUAUCAUUGGAAUUAAUCCGGGCCUUUUCGCUGCAUACAAAGGACAUCAUUACGCAGGGCCGGGCAACCAUUUCUGGAAGUGCCUGUAUCUAGCCGGCCUUGUUCCGGAACCGAUGACGGCCGAUGAUGACUUUAAACUGAUGCAUUUUGGCAUCGGAUUCACCAAUAUGGUAGCCAGAGCUACAAAGGGUAGCGCCGAUCUGACUCGCAAAGAAAUCCGAGAAGGCGGCCGGAUAUUACUGGAAAAGUUACAGCAGUACCGGCCAAAGAUUGCCGUCUUUAACGGCAAAGGUAUCUACGAAGUCUUUAGCGGCAAGAAGGAGUUCACCUUCGGCAAGCAGCCCGAAUGUAUUGACGGAACGAAUACAUUCAUUUGGGUGAUGCCGUCUUCGAGUGCCCGAUGCGCUCAACUGCCCAGAGCCAUGGACAAGGUGCCGUUUUACUCUGCGCUGAAAAAGUUCCGCGACUACCUCAACGGCCUCAUUCCCGAAAUCGAUGAGAAUGAGGUGAUCUUCAACGAUCCAAAGAUCCGGGCCGCUGACGACGGCACGGAAAUUAGUGAACAUUUAAAAGUUGAUUCCCUAUCGUCUGAUGACUUGCCGGCCCUAGUAGGAGCCAGCGAGUUCUCGGUAGACUCUGAGCAACAACAACAGCAGCAACAACAACAGCCAAUGAAUCUCCCUGCCUUGCUUCCAAUUGAGGACGGAAUGGGUGGCCAGGUCCCGGUAAAAAAGAAACGUGGGCGGCCCAAGAAAAUUCGAGCGGACGGAACAACAGCUCCUACCCCGGUGAAGCAGUCGAGUGUUUCGGCUGCGACGUCCAGCUCGUCUACUGCCAUGAACGGUGCCGACUUUGUCAACGGCCAGCCGCCAAAGAAGAAGCGAGGGCGCCCGAAAAAGAUCCGAACGGACGAGGUCCGCCCCGUUCCGCAGAUGAUGGAUGCCAACGGAGGUCUGAGCAAUUCAUUUGGCGGAGGCGGCGGCAGCAGCAGCUCCAAUCACUCUCACCUGGAGAAUAAUCGCGGGCCCCACUCACCUGCCCCGUCCAGCUACUCCAGCAUGGCCGGCCACUCUUUUGUCAAUAAUCAACCCAGUGUAAUCAACCACCCGUCAUCAUCAUCCUCCGCCUCCAGUCAGCAACAACAUUCUCACGCUCUCGACUAUUACGGACGGGCGUCCAGCAAUGUCGGAGGAGGGCCGCUAUCGGGACUUUGUAACGACAUGUCUCCCCAUCAAUCCACAUCAUCAACACCUCAACCGGCCACGUCAUCGCCUCGUCAAUUGGAAUUCGAUCCAGGCGACAGGAUGAGGGAAGGCCAUCCGAAAACGGAACACAGGGCCACACCGGCCGAAUUGAACGGCGAUUCCAGGCAUCACCAAAUGACUUCUCCCGGUGUCAACAGCAGCAGCAGCAAAGCGGCCGAGCAGCAGCAGCAGCACCACCCACCUCCUCCCAGGAGUCAUCCGGGCACUCCGCAGCCCAUGGCUUACAGGCCUACGCCACCGGCAGUCGCUUAUCACGUCCCCAAUCAAGUAAAGGAUGUUGCAAGUAAGAGCUUAUCAGGUCUGGAAUCGUUGGUGGACCAAAUUCCAAACAUGGCCGAUGGAGAGCAGAAUCAACAACAACAGCAUCAACAGCAGCAGCAACAGCAACACCCAAACGGCUUACAUGGUCAGCAACCCGUGGCCGUGUCGACGAGUUUCGGUCACUACAGUACAGCCCCUGCCCAGCCUAGUUUCUCUUAUCCUUCAACGUCAUUCGGUCACUACGCGCCUCACUACACUACCCCCAAUGGAGGAUCCUUUCCACCCAACCUCUACAAUCCAGGUGGCCAAGAAUCAGUUUUCAAUAGGACGGGGACAGUGUCGUAUCCGAUGUCGUUCCCAACGUCUCAAAUGAACGGUCGGAGUCCUGCCAUGGCUGCUGGCUUUCCAUACUCUAGUUACGGCCAGGCGUACCCUCAUCCGCCGCAUAGCGGGGCGCCAUCUGGUUUCUCUCCUUACAAUCCGCCAGGAUCCGGAGGAGUCAUCGGCGGUUUCCACCCGAGCACUUCGUACGCCUACGGCACCACGUACGCCCCUUCGUACACGACCACUCAAGCGGCUGCCAGCUACCUCAACGCAGCUGCCGCCAAUCACCAAGCCCUCGAUGGAAGCCGAGGUCCAAGUGGAGCAGGAGGUAGUGCAGGAGGUGGUGCAGGAGGAUCAGCAGGGCCGAAAGAUGAGCGAAAUUCAGAUCCGGCUGCUUUCGGUGGGUACUGAGAAGAAGAAGAAAGAGAUGACACACACUUUGCACUACUACAAGGUACAUUACCCCCGAAAUCAUCUCUAACUAAUUAAACAAAAAGAAAAGAAACUCUCUAAAACUAUAUAUACAUAGCGAGUCCAGCAUCAGGGUGUUACAUUAUUAUUUCCCCCCCCCCCCCCCAUCUCUCUCUAAUCUUUGAUCAAGGAACGGCAAUAAUCGAUCGUGUCCCUUUCAUUUCCUUCAUCACUCCCGAUCAUAUACAAAAAGAAGAAAAAAAAGAAAAAGUUUAAUAUUUUCGAUGCUCAAAUGCUCCCCAGAUGUUCUGUAAACUUUUUUUUCCAGUUUUUGUGGACAUAUCAGUUGUUUGUUUUUUCUCUCGCCCCCUCCCCCCACUCUAAAUCACUCCCGACAUCAACCGUUUUUUUACUAUUAUAGUAUACUAUUAUUUCAUUUUUUUUUUAAUUACUCAGCUAAUCCUUUUACCAACAAACUCCGGUAAGGAUCGAUCUCAAAAAUUUCUCUCUCUCUCUAAACAAGAAUUUUUUUAAAAAACCGAGCAAACAAAGAAAAAAAAAAUUCAAAAUCAAUUCCCGCCCCCUCCCGACUCGAGCUCUCGAUUUUAAAUUGUGAAAGAAAAACAAAACUGUACAAUCUCAGUAUUAUGAGCUUAAAGUAAUCAUCAGUUUAAUUCACAACACGUUGUUGACACGAUCAUCAUCAUCACAGGUUUUUUCUCUGAUUUCUCUCAAUCUUUUGGGUAAUUUUUAAACAUUUGAAUUACCAUUCUUCAAUUAAAGCGUUAAUUUUUUCCUAAUUCUUUCUGUACAACUGUCCCUUCCCGGUGCUAUUUCGCUUUCGACCGCGAAAAAGAUUUUUAGGUUUUUUCGUUUCUUUUUUCCCACGACUUUUUAUUUGAUUACAUAACUUCAGAUUCACACACACACAGUCCCACAUUUUGAUGGUCAGGGUCCAUCAGACGAGGAAACGUAUCUACGUAAUAGCGAGUGCCCUUCACCGUUUUUCUUUUUAAAAAAAUCCCCAACGACACACAAAUUUAAGAAAUUCUUUUUUUCCUUUUUCUUAAAUUCGACUGAACGAUUUUGGACCUUCCGCUUCGCGUUAUUAAGAGAAACGGAGGGUCUACCACACACACUCACGUAUAUAUAUAUAUACAUACAUAGAAUUUAUAUAUAUAUAUAUGCAUGGUCUAUUAAAGAAAACAAAAAAACGAUCCUUGUGCCAAGCUUCCUUCUAUCGAUUUCUACUAUACAGACUCUCUAGCUAUCCCUUUUUUCUGUUCUCCCCCCAUUUACGAGGAAAAUAACAAAACACAAAAAAAAGUUGAAGGAAGAAAAAGGAAGAUCCUCUUGAGGAUGACACAAUAAGCUCAACCAUGGAUUGGACUGUUUUUAUUUUGAUUCCUUUUUCCCUUUCUUCUUUUGUUCCGUUUGUUGAUCCCUUGUCAAAGUUAGGAAAUCCCCUCCACCAUCACACACUUGCGCGCGCGCCUGUGUGUGUGUACCCUGUGGAUAGAGAGCGAAAUAAUAAAAACCAGAAAAAAACAAACAACAAAAAACUUACUUGUCAACUAAAUAAUUUGAAACAUUUCAAAGAACUUGAGCCGUAUAAAUAAAAUGUACCAGACUGACACACACAUGAAAAAAAGGGGAGGAAAAAAUAUUAAUACCUCAGAAAACUUCUAAUUGGGUGGAAACAAAAACCAUUUAUCCUUUUUAUUUUUGUUUCUUGUGUUUCAAAUUCCCCCAACUUUGGAGUUUAUAAAAAAAAAGAAAUAGCGAACAGAUUUGCCAAUUGUUUCAGAGCAUUCUUUACGGGGUGAGAGAAAAGAAAAAAAAGAAAUGAUCACAAGCUUAUAUAUCGAUUCGAUGCCACACACAUGUCUUAUGUUCGCCUUUGUUUGUUUGAUUUUUUAUUUUUCUCGAGUAUUUUCCCUUCUAAAUAUUGUUGGUAUAUAUGAUUGCAAAACGUCCCACUCUUAAGCCCCGCCCUCCUAUUGUCCAAUAAAUCCCUCCCCCCCUUCAUCACUAUUGUUGUUGUGUUGCAUUUCAAACACCUUCCUCCUCUAACGUCUCUAUCUCUCUCUCUCUCUAUCUAUCUCUUUGACUGUUGUAUGAUACACACUUAUUAUUAAUAAUCCCAUAUUACUUUGAAUGGAAGUGUUGUUGUGUAUGAGAAUCUUUUUUUGACAAACGGCCCCCGGUUUAAAAGAAAAGAAACUACAACAUAAAAAAAAAUUAAACAUUAAUAAACUUGUAUACCCACGUA